AUGGCUUCAUCUUCCGCAGAUCCUAAGGCAUACAAUCUUGCCGCUGGCCCGUACAACUGUCCGGACUGUACCAAAAUCUUCGCCAGACCCUGUGAUCUGAACAAACACAGCAAAUCUCACACUCGACCGUUCAAGUGCCAACAUUCUGAUUGCAAGUACGCCGACCUUGGCUGGCCAACACCGAAGGAACUCGAACGCCACAACAACGAUAAACACUCUCCUAACCCGAUUAUCUACGCUUGCGAGUACGAAGGUUGUGACUACAAGUCCAAACGAGAAUCGAACUGCAAACAACACAUGGAGAAGGCCCAUGGAUGGCUGUACACUAAGAGCAAAUCCAAUGGUAAACAGCCCGCGGAUAGCUCUCCGGUAGCACAUGUUUACCGGCUAAAACCUGGACCGCAUCCUGCCUCAGCAUCUUCUACUCCACUUCUCAAGCAGUCACUUGAUAUUCCGCCUGUACCCAAUUAUCAUCAGGACUUUACCCUCUACCAGGAUGACACCGACCACUCCGUCAGAUUUGAUGACGAUGAUGAGGAUACAAGUCCCCAUCACGAUGCUCCUCAAGUCAUCCCUUGGACAUCGCCUGCUACCCGUCUACGGAGAAACGGAACUAUGAUCGAAAGAUUUGAUCAGACAUAUCACGGUAGCCAACCUCUCAGGGUCAGUGAUGAUCCGGUUGACCCAUCGCUCGCCAAUAUUGAGCCGCAAAUCAGAACAUCUGCGGCACCUCCAUCCACAGAAGCAUGCGGGAAUGGCGGCACCAAUACCUCGGAGACUUCGAGGCGAACUCGAUCGUCGAGAGGACCGUCAAGAAAGACCGCAGACCGCCAGCGUAUCAGAAAAAGGGAUGCCAAAGAAUCAAGAAAGAGGCUCAAGCCAGACCCUACAGAAAUUCUCGGAGAUGACGCGGAAUUCACUGACAGCAAUAUGCCGUGUAUCUUCCGCCAUGCACACCCUCAUCUUUACAACAGGGAGACCAGAAACAAGUCCGAUCCGUGCCAUACGACGCAUCGAGACAUCUCAACUCUAGCAAGACAUCUGCUCCGACCGGCACAUCGCCUCGGUGUGGACCCCCGGAUGAUCUCAUCAUUCAAGAUUCAAGACAACAAUUACCCACACCCACGGGUUGGCCUUUGUCGCCGUUGCUGGCAGGCUUUCUUUGACCCCUUAGAAUUCCGGAAUCAUCUGGAUCUCAAAUGCGAGAAGGUGUCUAAGGGGAAGCGGGAGAAGUGGCGUAUCAUGUACGAUCUUUUCACGCCAUUGGUCCGGCUGCAUAACGAGCAGAGCAGCCUCUUACAGGACCUUGAUAUGGCGGGACAAGAAAACACAGCACACCGAACAAGAGGGUCGAUCAACAUGUCGAACAAAGCUGGAAAUGAUUUUCGCUUGGUAUCUGGCACUGUCGCUCUAACCAAGUACGGGACAUCAGUUCCCUCCAGUUCUAGUCUUGAGAAUGAGAUACAAAAACUGAGAGAAGAAAACCGGCAGUUGAGGGAGUCACUAUUAGCCCAAGGCCCUAGGGGGGAGUCAGUGGCAAGUACUGUUCACAGCAGCGCUGUCCAUAAUGCAUUCGAGAUGGCAUCCGGUUCCGGACUAGUCUCUGCGCCUCGGAUGCCCCAUUCCAAGGAUUCGAACUCGGAUCAGGAGAGCCUAGUAGGAUACAUGGAUUCUCAAUCCACGGAUGUCGACCGCGAUGGCUUGAUGAGCGAGACACCGGAAACUUUUGUGAGGCAGAAGCCAGGACACAGCUUGCCCUCCCACACAACCGUUCACCACGUCCCAACAAGCCCGUCCCCGCUACUGAUCGAACCCUUCCAAGAUAUAUCCAACUUCAGUCAACUAUCAGCUAACGUGUCCCUCUUCUCUGCCCGAAAGCAACCCACCUCACUCGCCGAUUCCGCCUACGGCACCUGCACUGACCCAAGGCGAGGAAGUCUGGGCGAGCCCGGGCAGGCAGGAUGCGCAGAUAUCUUGAGAGGUCCGCACAAGAGUUGGUUCGAUAACUCAACCCAACAACGGCACGACGGCGGGUCGUUGACUCUGUUUGGCGAUUACCAAUUUGGUCACAACAACAACUCAUCAGCGAACAACGAGAGCAUUCACAACAGGACGCCAUCCUCAUCCACUCCAAAGGUAGGGCCAAACAUGACAGUUAUUACAACCCAGACGGCCCAGCAGCAACCUCAGCAACAAGAUUUUCAAGGGUGGUCCAACCCCAACCCUUUUGCCACGACCUCAACCUCUCAACCGUCUCAUAACUUCUUUGAAGAUGCGUCAUUUGAUUUCUUUAUGGCAGCGCAAACGGAUUGCGGCGAAGAAACUGGUGGGUAUAACCCGACUAGUUCCUCGCAGAAUUUCAUUUUUCCUUCCAUGUGA